UCGGACAUCCCCAGGGUGGGGCGGGUCGGUCCCAGGCAGGUUCGGGCAGGCCGAGAGGGCCCCAUAGCUGCGCGAGAGCUGAAGCUUCCUUCCCCCUUCCUGGCUGCCCUCUGCACGCCCUCCGCCCUCCGUUCUGCCACACAACAGAUGCAGCGCUUGAAGAGACUCGCGAUGGAGGAGGAGGGCUCCGGCUGCAACGUGCCUCGCCUGCCCUGGGCGUCCAUCCUGCGGGCGGCUUUGCUACUGCUUCUCAUUGGCAUGGUCAUAUGCUGCUUCCUCUGCGGUCAGCGCUUCACCCAGCAACAGCUGGAUUCAACUGGGUGGGACUUAGCCGAGCUCCUGUUGAAUCACACAGAAUCACGGCAGGAUCCCAGGCUGCGCUGGCAGGGCAGCCCCGCUUUGGGCCGAUCCUUCGUGCAUGGGCCAGAGCUGGACAAUGGGCAGCUGCGCAUCCAACGCACUGGCAUCUACCGACUGCACAUCCAGGUGACAUUGACGAACUGCUCCUCCUCCACUUGGACCGUCAUGCCCCGUCAGGCCACCCUGACUUUGGGUAUCUGCUCCCCCACCACCCACAGCAUUAGCCUGCUACGCCUCAACUUUCACCAUACAUGCCGUGUGGCCUCCCAGCGCCUAACACCCUUAGCUAAAGGGGACGUUCUCUGUACCAACCUCACUCUGCCUCUGCUGCCUUCCAGAAAUGCUGAUGAGACCUUUUUUGGGGUUCAGCUGGUGCGCCCUUGACCAUUGCACCUCGUGGGCCAAAUUUUUUUUAUCUUAAAUUUAUUCCUAGAUAUUUUUUAAAAUAAAAAAAAUAAAAUAGAAUUUCUUUUCUGUAAAAUUUUGUGACGGAAUUCCAGCGUGGUGCAGUGGGUUAAGAAUCAGAGUGCAGCGGCUCAAGUUGCUCUGGUGGAGUGGGUUCCACCCUCUGCUUGUGCAGUGGGUUAAAGAAAGGAUCCGAUGGCUUGAAUUCAAUCCCUGCCCUGGGAA